CUAGUUUAUUAUUACAAAAAUAUACGCCUUAACGAUUUUAAAUUUCAUUUACCGUCUAAACGCAUUGAAUUAUUAUAUGCAUUGUCAUCAUUUGUCAACUCCAACACAAAAGUACAACGACGCAUUAUUACUGAAGUUUAGAUAUACUAUAUUAUGGAAAAGGGGAAAGUACAUGUGAAAAACGAGCAUCGUGGCGUGCCUGCACAAACACAACAACAAUUAACGCCAAAAAUUGCUGAAGGACAUCCUGUAACGUCACUAUCACCCGAAUUGAAAACUUCACCCUAUAUGGGAAUGCACCAUAACUUAGAGCAUCCAACACAAGCCGUGUACUACCAUCCUCAACGUCCAUCAUCCAAAACGAAUCCAGCAAAUAUUUCGGAAUGUGAUACUAUCGGAAAUUCCGCUAAUGAUGGUAUUUUCCCCACAUGUUACGUGUGUGGCGGUAGUGGGGGCUGCGAAUCUCUACGCGUGCGUCCUAAUCAAGAUUGUCCAACUGAACCGUAUUUCCCAUUUUUGGAACGGCACGAACCACCUAAUGGUGUACCUAAGGUUACGACUACACAACCCUAUGUAAUUGCUUGUAUGCUAUGUUAUCGUUCUUUGCGUGAACAAUGGGACUCGUACGAACGAAAGAAGAAACCGCAUUUACAACGUUUGUAUCAUAUGAAACGAGUUGAUGGCAAAAGUUACAUUGGCGCCGACAUACAAACCCAGGGUGAGUACGCUGCACAGGUGCUGGGACUAAGUGCCGAACAUUUACAGCAUGGCAAUUUGCAUGAAGAUUUCGCCUAUUUAAGUGGCGUACCACGCACACCCAAUCGCGCCGAUUACGAACGUCAAUCGAAUGUGACAAAUCAAUAUUAUCCUUUGCAACCGAACGAACCGUCAUCGUCCAUACAUUAUGCUCAAACGAAUAACACGCCUAGCUCAACGGCACAACAAUACUGUGAUUACUAUAAUCGAAAUUUCAAUGCUACCUUGAAUGGCCAAAUGACGCCGCAACCAAAAGAAAAACAAACUGGCACCACGCAGUUACCUAAGAGUGUGACACACAUGAAUGAAGAGCCGGCAACUGUGGAAACACGCAAACCUGUCGGUAGUGGUUCAUCACCAUAUGACUCGAUAAAUAUCAAAUCGUCCUCUUUUGCUCAUCAUAAAUUUAAAUUGGGUCAGAUUUCGUGUAUGAAUUCAGCAACAGCGCGUAAUGAGCUCAAUUCAUUAAAUGAUACACAAAAAUCGCUACAUGCAAGUGCGGACAGUAAGCAACAACAACAACAGCAACGACAAGAUCGUAUCAGUCCACAUUAUGACUAUGGAAUGCCGGCUGGAGUUGUUGGCGGCCACUCCAAAGCCGCCUCAAUGGCUGAUAUUGACGAUGCAAGUGCAGCCUUAGAUUUGCGUAAUUCAGCAAAUAACAUCUGUGAACCAUACAUGUUGUCAUGCGGCACCUCACGCCAAAUGUUUCGAAAUCCCUCACCUAGCAGUAAUGCCACCAAUCAAGUCGAUGUCGGCAUCUUAGACUUGUCAAUGCCCGACAAGAAUUCAUUAACUGAAGUUUGUUACGUCUGCGGUGAUGAGCAGCGACGUGGCAGUCUCAUUGAGCUGAGCACUGUGCGUUCAAAAGAUGGGAAGGGUCGUCAUCAUCCAUAUUUUCCGAUAUUCAAUGAACAAAUUCCGCGCCCACCGCGCUCGCGUCCCAAAGAUCCACGUGGCAUGAUACAGGCCUGUCAAUUAUGCUAUGAACAUCUCAUACAACAAUGGAAUAACUAUCAGACUACACAAACACCUGAAAAUGAACGCUCCUAUACGUUACGUAAGAAACCUACAUCCGUCACAGAACGCACCACAUUUGUUUGUUACACAUGUGGCGGCGAUACGCCCUCCUCACGUUUGCGACUCGUCUACUGUUGUCCAAAUGCGGAGCGUGAACCCUACUAUCCCUUCAUAAAAACAAUGAAAGCUUUCAAAAAUGCUAGUCCAAUCAGUCCACAGGGCAUGGUGCAAAUAUGUUCCUCAUGCUAUGAAAAGCAUUUAUAUUUGGCGGAAGGUGGUAGCAAUACUACAAUGGCAGCGUCUACCACUACCGGUCGUAUAUCGGGUGGACCGGCUGAUAAUAAUGCGGCCGGCGGUGUAAUUUACAGCGUCGAUGGUGACGCAAGUCUCAGCAACAACAAUGUGAUUGCCACAAGCGCUGAGGGUGCAGGACGUUACACACCCUCCGAAAAGUCAUUGGCCAAUUCUGAUUCGACAAGUAAUGUGAAAUUUAAGCCAUACGAACCGAUUUCAAAUAGUUCUCCAUCCACACAGCGCGAUUUCAAAUUUGCACGACAGGGUGAUUCACGUCCCAAUUCGCCGACAUCAUCAUCUCAGGGCCCAGGCGACAGUGAACGUGGACAAUAUCCCUGCUACAUUUGCAAAACCCUCUGCGCCGCCAAUAAAAUGGAGUGGUUAUCCACAAGCGCCGAACAUAUGAAUUCGCAUGCCAUGCAUUUUCCCUGCUUACGCGGCAGCAGCAGCAGCAAUAAUGGUCGUGAUAACGUCAGCCUAAGCGGCAAUGGCAACUCUGUCAAUAAUAAUGAUAACAAUAAUCGUGUGCUUGCCUGUAAGGAUUGUGUGAAUUAUUUGGCACGUCAGUGGGAGACAAUGGAUGCUGAGCGUGUGCCAUUGGAGCAUAGAAGAUAUAAUAUACCUUCGCCGAUGAUCACUUCAAGUUCACCGAAUGGUUCACGUCAUGGUGGCCUCACAAUAACGACACCACCGUCUACGCCUUCUGUGUCUUCAACACCUGCCAGUACAUCGAUUUAUUGUUUUCUAUGCGGUUUGCAUUCGGAUUUGACAUUGGCGCGGGUGUUGUAUGCCAGUAAAGAGGGCUCUCGACCAUAUUUCCCCCAUCUCCUCAAACACAACUCGUUGCCAAAUGCCGAACAGUUGCGUAAGGAUUACUCAGCGCUUGUUUGUACAUUUUGCUACCACUCCAUGUUGAAUCAGUGGCGCAAGUAUGAAGCACAGACACCAGCAGCUAUAGCACCAACCGAACGUAAAUACAAUUGGCAUGAUUAUAUUUGUCAUUUGUGCGGCAUUACGACAUACCGUAAACGUGUACGCGCACUACCCGUUAAUGAGUUUCCAUUUGUGAAAAAUCGUAAAAAUGGCGAUGGUCUUUUGUUGGAGAAUGGCGAAUACGCUGUGGUUUGUUUGGAUUGCUAUGAGAGCCUUAGACAACAAGCCUCGCAUCAUGAUCGUUUUGGUGUACCGAUUUCUAGGCGUGGAUACAAUUGGGUGCCACAACCACCACCGCCCGAGGACAGUCCGGAUGUUGCUGUAGCGCGUUUGCCAUGCGGAGAGCGUUCGGAUCGAUUUCCUAUCAACACCACCCUCAGAUCCAUUUCUAAUAAGAAGAUUGCAUCGCCGAAGCAAGGCGAAAAAACAAAAGAUGUUCCCCCAAAGAGUGGUCAAAAGCGCCCAGCAACAAGUCCAGCACCACCCAUCCCAUCGCCCCAUCACAUACAAUCGCCCUCCACCACACCCGGCGCUGGCAAUAGCAGCGGCGCAAAUGCUGCUGCGCAAAUGACGUCCAAUCCGGCGUUGCUGAAUCAUGUUAUGUCACCCAAUCAAUUGAGUGGCCUACAAGCAGCCUCCUUGCAACAACAACAGCAACAGCAUCAGGCACAUCAACAGGCCGUUGCGGCCGCAGCAGCAGCCGCACAAGCGCAACAACAACAAAUGGUCGGCGUACCAGGUGCAUUGACCGCGGCACAAGCGAGCGCACGCGGACCCUUCGCCUCAGCAUUACGCAACUUGGCUAAGCAGGCCGACAUCAAGGAGGAAGAUGAUAUCAAUGUUAAUGUACGCGUCGAACGCAAUGAACGCGCAGUACCGCUAGGUGCGGGCAGCAGCGGUGGUGGUGGCGUGCCCGGUGGCGGCGUUGCAGUAGGUGUGCCCGCUGCGGUGAGUGUUGCUAAUACCAAUGUGGUGAAUGUGUCCAAUACGACGCGUUCGUCGAUGUCAAACGAUCGGCUGCCACCAACCGGUGGCGGCGGUGGUGGUGGGCAAAUUAGUGGCGUAGACGAACGUAUUAUGGCCAAAAAGCGCGCUGGCUCGUCACCGCAACCAGCUGAGAAGAUCGCACGCAUGUCUUCGCAACAGUCGGUGCAAAUGCAGCCAGAGUUGUUGGCGCGCAGUGGUUUUCAACCAUAUCGAUCGGAUGAACGUCUGAUACAUCCGGCUGGCGCUUUUCCAUUGGAUGCCUAUGCCACCUUCGCCGGUUUGCCAACAAUGCCGCCAGGACCAUUCUUGAGUCCAGCUGGUCUGCCUUAUUCCGAACAAUUGUACUUAGAUCAACGCUUUCAAAUGUUACGUGCAGCCGGUUCUCACCACACACAUCCACACGCCCUCUAUCCACCAAUGGCUUCUCCCUAUGCUUCGCAUUUGUAUUCGAUGAUACCGAGUGCAGCGCUUGGUUUGGGCUCCGCGUUGCAUGAACGCAUGAAAUUGGAAGAGGAACAUCGCGCGCGUAUCGCCAGAGAGGAGGAGCACGAAAGGGAAAUGCAGCGGGAAAAGGAGCAACGAGAGCGCGAACGUGAACGUGAACAGCGGGAACGCGAACAACGUGAGAAAGAGCAACGAGAACGCGAACAACGCGAAAAGGAGCAACGUGAAAAGGAACAGAAAGAGAAGGAAGCACGUGAGCGUGAAUUGCGUGAGAAAGAGCGAGAAGCAAGAGAACGCGAAAGGCAAAUACUAUCAGCUUCGCAUCAUUAUACAAGCCAGUUGUAUUCGCCAUUGGGUCGCAAUCUACUCGGUCCCAUGAUGCCACACUUGAGUUUAGGCUUGCGUGCACCGCCCGGUGCUCUACACAGUCUACCGCCAAUGUCCGCAUAUCAUGCGGCGAGUCAACGUCAGAGCCCACACUCUGCAAUGGGUCUCAAUCUCGGUCUGCCCGGUUUGGGUAGUGUACCAUCGCUGUCGCAUGGUCCUGGUGGCCUACCACAUCAUCUGCAACAAUCUGCGCUGGGGCUGGCACAUCCAAGUGCUGCUGGUUUAACGCAUCCCGGUUUUCCGGGAGCCGCUUUAGGUUUGUCACACCACGGUAUAAAUUUGACACAUCCACAUAUCUCACCACACCAUCCGGCAAUGGUGCCCAGUCAUCAGAUUUCACCACACUCUUCGUCAAUAGCCUCGACAUCGACCACUACCACAUCGCCGCACAAUCUGAACUUGAGUAUGCAAAGCAAUGCGGGUGCCAGCAUGAAGGUAUCAGUGCCCAAUAGUGUUUCACAAACUUCAGUAUCGGGUUUGCAGUCCUCCACUAGCAUGACGCAAGCCACUUCAACGCUGUCCUCACACAUUCCGCAAAUGAGCAACUCACUCUACCACUCGCAUCACUCUAGUCAACAGCAUCUAUCCAGCGCUGGAUUGGCGCCCACAUCAGCGCAUCAACAGCCGUCAACCUCAAUGCCCCUUUCGCUAACUAGUAAUUCGGGUCGCAGCCAUUCGGCAUCACCGAUAACAAUGAAAGCAACAACGCAAUCGUCAAACAACAAUCCCGGCAUGCAUAAUCAAAACGGUGGACGCUCAGCCAGCAGUCCACACGCUGCACGUCAGCUGGCCAUGAGCCAAACGCAACACCAACAAAAUGCUGGAAUACACGACAAACAAAACACCUUGACGCCGAGUGCACUCGAGCCGGCCACAUUAGAUCUAACCGGUUCGAAUUCCAACUCCAGCGUACAGGUCUCAUCCGUAGCCAGUAGUGGCGGCGGCGGUCACAAUACACAUCCAAAUGAGUUGAACGGUGGCAGUGGAGUGGAAGCAACUGCCGUUGGGGAACGCAAAGAUUCCUCCGCAGGGAUCGCAAAAAAUCUCUCGCUCAAUGUAAGCACCACCGAUAAGAGAAGUCCAUCGACAUCGCCCACAGUAGCCGCCAAAGAUAAUGCUGCCGCAUACAAUAUGACCGUCUCCAACAAUGCUGAUGAUCCGGCGCGUCAAUGCAGUCCCAACAGCGCGAUGUCCACCACGGCCGAACCGCAUACAUCUGUGUCGCCGCCAGCGAAGCCAACAAUUGGAGGUGGUGAUUCCGGAGUACAUGGAACAGGAGCAGGUUCAGGUAAUUACAGCAACAAUUCCAAAGUUAUGGCCGUACCGUCAGAGACCAUUGUCAAAACCACCGGUGGUGACCCCACGACUGAUGUUUUUGCGCUCAAAACACAAAGUGUGCCGCCGCCCAACGAAACGGUGCUACCGGUGGUUAGCGUCACAGAUGUGCAGUCGACAGCAACGCCGACCAACACCAACACAAACAGCAGCACACACACGCACAAAACCUCACCGACGACCACCACGCCCGAUGCGUGUGCCAGCGCCGGUGGCGUGACCUCCACCACUGGUGGCAGCACCUCACCGCCGGUGGUGAGUAGCAGCACGAAUAUUGUAAACAAUAAAACACAACCGAAGGCCAAUUGCGAUGAGACGGUGUCCAGUGCGACGCCGACAACGACCACAGCCGCAAUUGAGGUGAACGGCGGCGGCGGUGGUGCUGCGGCUGGUGGUGGUGGCGGUCGGUGAUACUGUGCUGCCGUGUGUCGACACCAACAACAACAAAAGCAACAACCACACGGGAGUGUGUACGCCAAACGCUCAACUUCAGCCUAUGCGC